GUGUGUUGUUGUUGUCGUGUCACAUUUCUGUGGUGAUUUAUGGUAAAUUAGGGAAAAUCUGUAGAAAAUAAACUUUAAACGUGUGGUGCGUAAGGAUUUUUUCUGGAUACAUGGUCUAGUCUAGUGGGGCUUUAUAAAGAGCUGGUCAUCACAAAGGAGAAAUGGGUUCACAAUCAAGACUUCAAGAAUUUCUUUCCAAGGUGGAGGUUGAAUUGGACAAUGCAGUUGACUUCUGGCUCAAGUAUUCACAUGAUGAUGAAAAUGGUGUUAUCUGUUUCAGUGGAUUUUUCACCUGUCUAGGUAAAGAUGGACAGGUGUAUGAUGAGACCAAAUACUGCUGGCUUCAAGGCCGACAGGUGUGGAUGUACUGCAAACUCUACAACACAGUACCAAAAUAUCACACAGACCAGGUGUUAAAGGCUGCUAUUAAGGGUGGAGAAUUCUUGAUGAAACAUGUCAAAGAUCAGAACAGUGCAAAAUGUUUCUUCUCAGUUACUAAGGAUGGUCAGCCUAUAAAAGUUCAGAGAACAAUUUUCUCAGAGUGUUUCUAUUUACUUGCCAUGUCCGAGCUAGGGAGGGCUACUAAAGAACAAAAGUAUAAAGGUGAAGCAGUAAAAAUGCUAGACAAGGUGGAAUACUGGGCAAGAGUGGACAAUUCUGAGCUAGGCCGACCGGAACUGUCAGGAUCUCCGCCAACAAAUGCCUUAGCCAUUGCUAUGAUAUUCUUCAACUUAGUCGACGAGGUCUGCUGGGAUGAUGUUGAACUUCAGAAAAAAUACUCAUCUUUGUUAGAAUGGAGUGUUGAACAAACUUUACAACACUUACAAAGAGAGGGCAGUGUAGUAUUAGAGUUUGUUGGAACUGACGGAAAAGAAUUGCGUGGAUCACAGGGAAGAUUAAUUAAUCCAGGUCAUGCAAUAGAGACAGGUUGGUUCCUUCUACAACAUGCAGUCAAGACUCAGAAUGAAAAGCUAAAAGAAACUGCCAUUCGUGAUUUCAUCCUCAAACCAUUCAACCAUGGCUGGGAUGAUAAGUACGGUGGAAUAUUCUGCUUCCUGGAUGCCAAUGGCUUGUCUCCGACGCAGCUCGAGUGGAAUAUGAAACUGUGGUGGCCGCACAAUGAAGCUCUGAUUGCGUUUCUGAUGGCGUUUAAAGAAACGAGAGAUGCUCAAUAUCUCAGUGCAUUUGAGAAGGUUUUUGACUAUUCAAUGGAACAUUUUACUGAUGGUUCUAAUGGUGAAUGGUUUGGGUACUUAGAUAGAGAAGGACAUACAUCCAUGGACUUUAAAGGUGGACCAUUUAAAGGAUGUUUCCAUGUACCACGUUGUCUAAUGAUGUGUGCAGAAAUGCUUAAAGAGCUUAUAUCAGAAUGAAAAAAAAAUGUUUUCAAUUGGGUUAUAUAAUUUUUUUAAAUUAAUUUUUUAUAACAUUAAAUAUAAAUUUGUAGAAGGAAAACUAUAGUUGAUGCAAGAGGUUUUGAGCAAUUAAACUAUUAUAUGGCCAGUAAAACUGUUGUUUAAGCAAAGUAAAAAUUUGAAAGUAGGGUUGGUUGGUUGACCUAGGCCUAAUACUCGAAGUGAUGUCUAAACAUCACAGAUAGCUACGCAUUUUGGCUGAUAAAAUUGUAACCACCAAUUGCAGAUUUCCAGCCGGCCCGGACCCCCCUAAAUAAAAAAAGUGGAGAGAAAAAGAAAUUUAUAUUCAAAUUAAAAUCCGACAGUGCCAUUUCCGCACAUGUAGAGGUGCCAUAAUCAUGAAUUUUUUUUGAAAUCCCUCCCUGGACCCCCUCUAUACUCAAUUUCUGGAUCUCCCACUAACCACUAUUAAGAUUUACACUGCCUUCUUGUGGAGCGUUAGCAACAGUAUCUAAUGUAUGGGGGCUUAAAGUACUGGUCCAAGAUUAACCUCUCUAUACAUAAUAUUUUGGGAUUCCUCAUUUGGGGCCCCCCCCCCUAAUCCACCCCUGCAGGGACACCACAAACAGCAGCAGGGGUGGUGUCUACAUUUUACCCACUGGUGAUCCAUCAUUCCACACCACCUCAACACAAUCAUGUUUCAUUUUCCUCCCGACAGAUUCUACCGUCCCUCCCCGACAUCUGGGCUGGGCCCAGUCAACCCACCAGCUGGUACCAUCCCUGAGCAGCAGCAUUGUCAUCAGGGGUGGCGCAAAUCUAAUUAAAUUUGAUAAGGACUAUAAACCAGUGUACGUAAAAAAUAAAGAGAGAUUUUUAUGGUGGAAAAUACAAAGGUUUGAAAGACCACAUCAUUUGAGAAGAGCAGAGGGGUUGCCCAGUGUUCUUUUUUCUCUGUAGCCCUUGUGAAUGAGAUGUUGUUGGAUACGGGUAGCAGCAUGACAGGAUGGGACCCUUUGAGAAGUAGAAAGUUUUAGAAAUAAGUUCAAAGGUAGUAAAUUAAUACUGUACUUAAAAUAUUUAACAUGCAGUACUACAGCUAAACACAAAACUAGUUGGAGCUCCAUGUAACUGUUUUCAUGAAUGUACCAAACAUUGUUCAAUGCAAAAUAUAACACUCUCAUUUUAUGAUUUUAUAUACAUAAAUACAGUAUGCUCUGUGCACUACUAGUUUAUUUUAUCUUCCAAAUAUGAUAUAAACUAAAUUUUACAAUGCAAUCUUAAGCAUAAGACUUUUCUUUGGGGUACUUGCUGGAAAUAAACUAUUUUCAAUGUUAUUUAUUAUAUUUUAAAAAAUUGGACAAACAUGGUAUUUAUGGUAAAAACUUCUGAAGGGUACUUUUUUAUUAUAUCUAUAUUUUAAGUCUUGUGUAACAAAUAAAUUAUCAAACACUGAAA